ACAGCUGUUCAUAUUCCGGCUAAUUUUGUAUAGUCUACAAAAUAAAAUGGUUCGUGUAGGUCUGCAAAUAUCCGCCACGUUCGAGAAUGUUGAUAGCCUGGAAACGGAUGGAGAGUAUUCGUAUUUCUUCAAGUUAACCUGCAGCAAUUGUGGCGAAACAUCAGAUAAAUGGCACGAUAUCAGCGAAACUGAACGCGUGCAGCACGACACACGAAAUGCGGCCGGUUUUAAUUUCUACAUGAAAUGCAAAAUGUGCGGACGCGAAAACAGCAUCGAUGUGGUGGAAAAGUCCAGUGUUGCAUACACCGCCGACGAUGCUGGCAAAUUCAAGACAAUUAUUGUGUUCGAUUGUCGCGGCGUGGAACCAGUGGAAUUUUCACCACGCAUCGGCUGGAAAGUGAAAUCCUCGGAAAAUGGACAGACAUUUGAGGAUGUUGAUCUGUCCGAAGACGAUUGGGUCGAAUACGAUCAGAAGAACAAAAACUCCGUCGGCAUUUAUGAGUUUGCCUCCAAAUUUAUCAAGCUAAAAAAAUGAGAAGUUUUAUUAAUAAAAUUAUGUAAAGGAAAAAAACAAAUUGAUAUUUUGAGAAGCAU